CAGGGCAUGCGCAUUAUCUAUAGCCGCCCGUUCCUUUCCCCUUUUGCGCACCGUUGCAGUCGGUGAGCGGAAGCGCGUGGCUAUGCUCUCACGUCCGGUGUGUGGGCGCGCGGGUUGAUUCGGUCUGUGUCUGAGUGACUUGGCUGCUGCCGCUGCUCCCAAAUGGCGGGGCUGAGUGCUAUGGAAAAGAAGUUGGCUGAGUUCAAGUGUAAUACAAAUGAAGCAAUUCAACUGAAAUUAGUUCGUUUUCCUGAGGAUCUGGAAGAUGACAGCACAACAUUUAAUCCAGAGUACAGCCAUCAGGUGUUCGGGGAUGAUGAAGUUGCCUUCGGUUACAAGGGUCUGAAAAUCCUUUUGUACUACAAUGCUGGUAAUCUGUCAACACUUUUCCGCAUCGAGUAUACGUCUAAAGUUAAUGAAAACUUUGACUGUGUGGAGGCAGAUGAUGUAGAAAGCAAAAUUAGAAAAAUCAUUCCUCCUGGGUUUUGCACAAGCACAGAUGACUUUGUGUCUUUGCUGGAAAAGGAGGUUAAUUUUAAACCGUUUGGAAUGUUACUACACACAUAUUCAGUUCAUAAUGAGGAAGCAGGAGAAGACAUAACAUAUCAGAUAUAUCAGGCUGACAUGACAUGUCCAGGCUUUCGAGAAUAUCAUGAAAGGCUUCAGACCUUCUUGAUGUGGUUUAUUGAAACUGCUAGCUUUAUUGACGUGGAUGAUGAAAGAUGGAACUACUUUCUAGUAUUUGAGAAGUAUAAUAAGGAUGGAGCUACACUCUUUGCGACCGUAGGCUACAUGACAGUCUAUAAUUACUAUGUGUACCCAGACAAAACCCGGCCACGUGUAAGCCAGAUGCUGAUAUUGCCACCAUUCCAAGGAGAAGGCCAUGGUGCUCAGCUUUUUGAAACUGUUCAUAGACACUAUAUGUCUUCUCCAACAGUGCUUGAUAUAACAGCUGAAGAUCCAUCUGAAAACUAUGUGAAACUCAGAGACUUUGUACUUGUGAAGCUCUGCCAAGAUCUGCCUUGCUUUUCCCCCGAGAAGCUAAUGCAAGGAUUCAGUCAAGAAAUGGUGACAGAGGCUCAACAGAAACUGAAAAUAAAUAAGCAACACACAAGACGGGUUUAUGAAAUUCUCCGGUUGCGUGCAACAGACAUGGGUGAUCCAGAACAGUCCAGAGGCUACAGGUUGGAUGUCAAAAAAAGAUUGAUUGGCCCAUAUAAGAAAAAGCAAAGAGAACUUGCCAAGAUGAGAAGAUGUCUGAGACCAGAGGAGCUGACGAACCAGUUGAACCAAAUAGACCUAAAUAUGCAGUAUGAACAGUUAGAAGAGAGCUUCCAGCAACUUGUUUCAGAUUACCGAAGGGUCCUAGAACGACUUGCUCAGGCAUGAGAAUUCUACCUUUCUGUACAGGAAACUUGCAGAUUUCUAUACAUUGUGUUGUGAAGCACAUCCAUAAUUGCUACUUAACUGCAAAAUCUCGUGACGUUUUAAUCACAUUUAAGAUGACUUUUUGUGUGUGUUUUUUCUGUGCAUUAUGAAUAUUUUCUAUUUUUGUGUUGUAGAUUUAAAGAUGGUUGUACUUAGGUUUUGGGGCACUUACUGCUUAAAUAAACAGGAAUGUAGAUUCUGAGAUGCAUUAUCACUGCAAGUGUUCGGGUCUUCUGUACAGUUUUGUUCAGAUGCUUAGUGAGGCUUGAGAUGAAGCAAGUUGGACUACUGUAGCCUAGAGUAUUGAGAUUGUUAGCGACUUCUUAAAUAGUUCAGUUGUUCAUAAGGUAAGUUAAAAAUAAAACCAAAUUAUUUCAAA